AUGCGCUGUAUCUGUCCUAAGAAAGCUCUUCUUAGGAGACAAACUUCUUGCAUGUUAAAUGAGCAAUUCUUAGAGCUGCUGAAAAGCAUGACUUCCUCUUCCGUUGUUGAUAAACCUCCGGUAAGACGGGUUGCUAUCUUCGGGGGAACUCAUGGCAAUGAGUUAUCAGGGGUAUUUUUGGUCAAGCACUGGCAAGAGAAUGGAGCUGAGAUUCAAAGAACAGGAAUGGAAGUGAAACCAUUUCUUACCAACCCAAGAGCUGUGAAGAAGUGUACUAGAUACAUUGACUGUGAUCUGAACCGUGUUUUUGACCCUGAUAAUCUUGGCAGGACAGUGGUGGAAGAUAUUCCAUAUGAAGUGAGAAGGGCUCAGGAAAUCAAUCAUAUAUUUGGUCCAAAAGGUAGUGAUGAUGCGUAUGACCUUAUUUUUGACCUUCACAACACCACUUCUAACAUGGGUGGUACCCUUAUUCUUGAAAACUCCAGGGAUGACUUUACAAUUCAAAUGUUUCAUUAUAUCAAGAACGCUUUGGCUCCAGAACGCUGUCCUGUUUUGCUGAUUGAACAUCCCAGCUUGAAAUACGCAACAACUCGAUCUGUAGCAAAGCAUCCUGUUGGUGUGGAGGUGGGUCCCCAGCCACAGGGUGUUGUUAGAGCUGAUAUUUUGGACAAAAUGAGGAAGAUUGUCAAACAUGGCCUUGAUUUUGUGCAACUUUUUAACGAAGGAAAGGAAUUUCCACCAUGUACAAUUGAGGUUUUUAAAAUAAUGGAGAAAGUAGAUUAUCCCAGGAAUAAGAAUGAUGAAGUUAUUGCUAUUAUUCACCCUAAACUGCAGGAUCAAGACUGGCAGCCACUGAACAAUGGUGAUCCUCUAUUUUUGACUCUUGGUGGAGAAGUAAUUGCAUAUAAAGGGGACUGUACAGUCUACCCAACAUUUAUUAAUGAAGCUGCAUAUUAUGAAAAGAAGCAAGCUUUUGUAAAAACAGUGAAAAUGAAACUCACUGCAAAACACAUCAGAUCCUCAGCCUUAGACCAGAACACUUCUUAAAAGCUUAUUACAGAUUUUCAAUGCAAAAAGUAGAUUUCGUCUCUUGGGAAAUCCAGUUUCAUUCAGUAGUAAUUAAUGGAAUAAAUAAAUGCAGAAUUUAAUUUUAAACUGUAAUUUAAUUAACAUUGCAGAGCACUUUUAAGAUGAAACAUACUGUCAUAAUGCUAAUUAUGACUACUGUUUACUUGUUUUAAUAGAUUACUAUAGAUGCAAAUAAUAAAUCUUAUUUUUAUGAAGAUUGUUAUUUCACAUUAUAUAAAAUGAACAAUGAACCACAUAUGGGUUAGUGGCUAUCAAACUUAUAUCCAGCAUCAUAUAGAAAGAUGCUUAUAUGCAAAACUACAUUAUAUUAAAAAAUUACAACAUUUCUACUUUAUAACCCCAAGCCUCCAAUAACCAACUCUUUUUAAAAUGGGGUGAUCCUUGAAAAGAAUUCCUUACAAAAAUGUACAAAAUAUGAGACAAAGGAAAAGCUAGGGAGGGAGAAACACAGUGAGGGUAUGUAUAUUAAAAUUCUUUUAUAUUAUCUGCAUUUGUGACUAACCCCUAUGCGAAGUGGAAGCCUUACAGUUUGUUUUGUUUUUCUUUUUAUACUUA